UCCCCCGAUUCCCAAAUUACACGCCGUGAAUGGCAAGCGCCACUAAAUUCUCCGCAAUUGCCUCCCGCGCGCUCUCCUCCCGACGCCUCUCUUCCUCCGCCUCCUCCCUCGCCGCCGAGGUCCCGUCCGCUCCGCUCGACCUCGCCGACACCCGCCGGCUCUUCGCCUCGGUCCCCACCUCCGCCCUCGUCCGCUCCCUCGCUACCCUCUCCGCCUUGGCCGCCGCCCCGCUCGUCGACCUCGGCACCGCGGCGCUCCGGGCCUCGACGGCGGCGAAGGAGCGGAACCUCCUCCGGGCAGCCGUAUUCGCCACAGCCCGCGCGACGGUGCACCGCCACUUCUGCGCCGGCGAGGGGGUCGAGGAGGCGGCCCGCACGGUGCGGGAGAUGUGGGCGGGGGCGAGGCUGCGGUCGAUCCUGGACUACGGUAUGGAAGACGCCGACGACGGCACAGCCUGCGACCGAAACCUCGCCGGGUUCCUCCGCGCCGUCGAAAUGGCGUCGUCUCUUCCGAUCGCUUCCGCAAGUGUAUGUGUAAAGAUCACAGCUAUUUGCCCGAUUUCAUUGCUAGAAAGAGUUAGUGAUCAAUUGAGAUGGGAGCAAAGAGAUCCAUCGUUUCCACUUCCAUGGAGGACUAAUUCAUUCCCGGUUCUUUGCCGUUCCAGUCCCCUCUAUCUCACACCUCGUGAGCCAGAGCCCCUCUCAGAGGUCGAAGAGGACGGCCUCCAACUCGCCCUCCAAAGAUUAUCAACGAUUUGCCAAAGAUGCGUAGAAGCCAAUACCCCUCUCCUAAUUGAUGCAGAGUACUCAUCAGUCCAACCUGCAAUCGAUUACUUCACAUAUAAGGCAAUGCAAGAGUUCAACCGCAGCGAGCAACCUAUAGUGUACGGCACAAUCCAGACUUACUUGAGGGAUGCCAAGGAGAGGAUGGUGAGCGUCGUUGAAGCUGCAGAGGAAGAGGGGUUCUCUCUAGGGGUUAAGCUUGUGAGAGGUGCCUAUUUGACCAGAGAGACCAAAUCGUCGUCCUCCAUGGGCGCGCCAUCUCCUCUACAUGCGAGCAUUCAAGAAACACACGAGUGCUUUGAUAGUUGCGCUUCCUUCAUGAUGGAAAGAGUCAGCAGAAGACCCGGUGCAGUUGUUCUCGCCACCCACAAUGUUCAAUCUGGGCAAGCGGCUGCGACGAAGGCAGAGGAGCUGAGGAUCGGAAAAGAUGAUCAGAAACUGCAAUUCGCACAGCUGAUGGGGAUGGCAGAUGGGCUUUCGUUGGCACUCAAGAAUGCAGGUUUCCAAGUGAGCAAGUACGUGCCCUUUGGGCCGGUGGAGCAGGUCAUACCUUAUCUCCUUAGGAGAGCGGAGGAGAACAGAGGAUUCCUUUCCACCUCUUCAGCAGACAGAAAAUUCAUAAGGAAGGAGCUGCUGAGAAGGCUUGUGGCAGCAAUGGCUCGAAGAACUUGAAUUACAUAUCUAAAGAAUGUAUUUUAUAUACGCAAGCAAUCGAUGCUCUAGGCAAAGUAGCUUGUACAUUUGUACAUAGUUUAGUGCCAAAGGUAAUGAGCAGAUUUAUUGAAGAUAUUUUAA